GCACCCAUCCUCCAUGUCGACGACGGCGACCGACCCUGCGGCGAGUCCGUUGCUCCUCCAGGAUCCCUCCGCACCAGCCUUGGUGCUCUCAACAACACCGCCGUCGGAUCCACCUCCACCCUACCCCUCGGGGCGCCGCACACGACAGGCGCGCAGCGGACGCAGGCGACGCAACGCUCCCGACACCAGCGAGUACUCGCAUACACAAGCACCUUCGGACGAAUAUGAAACACCACCCGUAGCCCCGGGCAGCCUGCACUGUGGCCCGGAAGGAGUUGAUGAUCCAGAUGCGACGGAGACGACCCCCCUGUUGAGCACAAACCCCAGCUCCCCGCGUGCGCUGCUGCCCGCGGGCACGGUCCACCGUCGGCGCACGCUCUCGCUCACCAGCACGUUGCACUCCUCGACAUCUCUCGCGCCAUCGUUCGCGCAAACGCUAUUCUCCGCAUUCCACCCGGAGCGCGAUUCGGACCUCGACCCGGAGUGCCGUGAGGAGGACGGCGGGGAGCAUGAGGAGCUGGAGCCCGAGCUCGAGAGCCCUCUCGUGCGCGACUACGACCAACAACAAAGAGCCCUUGCAGCGGACCUCUCCGGGUACGCCCACCGUCAUGCUCAACGACAGCAGCCGCUCUCAGCCGGCGCGCGUUGGCGACGGUACUUCCAGCCCCUCGGGCGGCGAGCGUACUACUCCGCGCUCCUCCACCUGCUCGUCCUCAACUUCCCAUACGCUCUAGCAGCCUGGAUCUUCCUCUUCGUGUUCACCCUGGUUGGCACAUGCACGCUCAUGGCCCUCCCCCUCGGCGCGGUGCUCUGCUUCGCCGACCUCUUCGGCGCGCGCGUCCUCGCACGGGGCGAGCUCGCGCUGCAGACGAGGUUCCACGGCCCGCUCGCCUAUACCAUCCCCUGGCCGCCCCAGCCGAUCUUCACGCGCAUGCGCGCCCCCUCCCCCGCACAAAUUGAGUCGGGCGUCCCCGCGAACGCAUCCGUGCCCGAGGGCUCCUUCUACAAGAACUCGUACGCGAUGUUCACGGACCCGACGUCGUACCAGGCGCUCUUCUACUUUCUCGUGCUCAAGCCGGGCAUCACGGUGCUGAUGUUCCUGCUGUUUGCGGUGCUCGUGCCGGUCGCGGCUGUCCUGGUGCUCCCGCUCCCGGCGGUGUUGCGGCUCGCGCGGAGGAUGGGGAUCUGGCAGGCGAACGUGGCGGUGGAGGGGCUCUACUUUGCUGCCCGAUGAGCGGUGCGGAGUCCGGACGGCGCUGGAGCGCCUCUUUUCUAGCGUACUGUAUGAUAAUGUAUGUUACUCACUUCACUUCUCUCAUUUUCCGCUCAAUAUUGCAACGUACGCUCAUACUUGCACCGUUAUAACUCUGACAUAUCUACAUAUAUGCGCAUGUGAGAUCCUUUGCACGCC